GCCUAGUCGAAGAAGGGGGAACGGAAUGGUGAGGUGGACGUGUAAACCCAUCUGAGGGCCCUGUUUGUGUACCCAGUACUGUGCUGGUCAUUUGGGUCAGUAGGCGGGGCCGGUGCGCUGUUUAUCGGACUGAGCCUAGCUAUGGCGUUGCAUGGGUAUAGGCCCGGAUACUGGUACCAUCAGGCCCGGUGGAGACCCAUGUCUGGGGAAGGGUCCUGGAUCACAGUCAUGCUCAACUACGAUGGGGGAGAUAAAGUGAAAAUGAAGAUUAACGUGGAAGGGGCAAAAGAGGUGGAGAUGUGGACAGAUGGAAAACUGCAGGAUGCGAUCACGGAGGCAAAAGACCGUGCGGAGAGGCGCUGCAGGAGGGACGGAGUGACUGCAAGGUUGCAGGUAACGGCCUCGUAUCAUGAGACCGAGACCUCGAUGGACACAGCGGACCUGGAACAGGCCCACGUGGACAGGGACUCAGGCGGUGGGAGUGAAAUGAGCGAAGCGGGAGACCGGGAGACAGAUCUCAGGUCCUGGAAUAGACCAGGCGAGAUCCAGAGGCAUCACCGGGCCGUGAAGCCGGUGGAAGAGGGGCCCGAGGCCAGCUCACGACAACUGACACCCAGAGGCCGCGGAAUGGGUGAGAAGCAGAGCAGGGGAAAAAGACACGUGUAGGGGGAGAGUGCGACAGCAGAACACGGGCGACAUUUUGGCAGCGUGAGAGAGAAAGGAGUGAGGGCAGUUACGCGUGUGUACAGGCUACACGUGGCAAAACGCGAGCAGACCUACGGGGAUGAAGACUCAGAGGCGGAGUGGGGAGAGCGACAGAGUGACAGACCUUCGAUCCUGGAAAAGGCCAGGUGAGGUUCAGAGGCACCACCGAGCCACGACACCUGCAGAGGACGGGCCCGAAGCUAUCUCAGCCCGAACCAGAGUCAAGCGAGCUGGGGCAGA